AUGGGUGACCGCCUGCGCAAAUCACGAGCUCACGAUACGAAUUAUGCCCCGGUACAGAACACGAGCCCGCGAGGUGCUCGGACAUAUCACCGGACGCCAUACGUUCAGCCUUCGACUUCCCCAGCACCCAUACCUUCUUCAUCCACCACGCAUCUAGUGGGUAGGGCUCAGCGUCCUGGAUAUAGUCACGUUCGGAGCCAGUCAUCAGUCGAUUACCACAGGACAGAGACUACACAAGCUGUCGCGACAGGCGCGAUCGGAGGUGCUUUUGGACCGUACUCUUACGAACACACUCCUGCUCCACCUCCUCCUCGUGAGGCUCAAGGGCAUAGGAGGCAAGGCUCAGUCUCACGAUUUACCAAUACUCCAUCCCAUUCCAGUCACUCGCACGAGGUACGCGAGAAGGCCGCCCCUGGCCGCCAUCAAUCCCGAAGAGUUGCCGCUGCUCCCGCCGGCGCUACAUCUACCACUGCCGGCGCAUUCCUCUACGAUACCAAGGAUCCGGAACUAGAUGACGACCUCCAUAACCCUGCUGCUCUACGCAAACUCGACCGUCAAUGGGAUCUUUUCAGUGGCCGAGGAUGGAUGAACGUCAGCGCAAUUGUCUUAAUUUGCGGUAGCCUUAUUCUUCUCUUCUGCGGAUAUCCUGUUAUCAUUGCUUUCCACAAACCUCAUUUACUGACUGGCGGAUACAACUUGGGAGGGAUUAAUGGGACCGGUCAGGUACCUGAUCUCCCGAAUAUCCCGAGCCUCAUCGACAAAGACACUCCCGAUGACGCCAGGACUCGGAUCGGUUAUGACGGCAAAAAAUAUAACCUUGUCUUCAGUGACGAAUUUAACUUGGAUGGGCGCACAUUUUAUCCCGGUGAUGACCCGUUCUGGGAAGCCAUGGACUACCAUUAUUGGCCUACUGCCGAUUUAGAGUGGUACGACCCUGCACAAGCAAUCACCAGAAACGGCUCUCUGGUUCUUACGCUCGAGGAAGUUCGUAAUCAUGACCUUAACUUCCGGUCUGGCAUGAUUCAGUCCUGGAAUAAAUUCUGCUUUACUGCUGGUUACAUUGAAGUCUCUGUCAGCCUUCCAGGGAACGCUCGUACGCCGGGUUACUGGCCUGGUGCCUGGACAAUGGGCAAUCUUGGACGUGCAGGCUACGGUGCUACGACCGAGGGUACCUGGCCAUACAGUUACGAUGCCUGUGAUGUCGGCACGUUCCCCAACCAACUUACAAAAGACAAUACACCAGAGGUUUCAUACAGGUCUGGGCUAUCGAGUCUUCCUGGACAAAAAUUAUCGGCCUGUACUUGCCCUGGUUCAGAUCACCCCGGCCCCUCGGUAACAAAGGGACGGGCUGCGCCGGAAAUUGAUAUCAUCGAGGCUCAAAUCAACACCUACCUUCGUCACGGCGAGGUCUCGCAAUCUUUACAAAUUGCUCCAUUCGACGUUGGCUACUAUUGGACGAAUAGCACACCCGCCACCACGGUGUACAAUGACGAUCAGACAUUCAUCAACAGCUACAGAGGUGGUCCCUACCAACAGUGCGUUUCUUGCGUGAGCGCUACAAACUCGAGCAAUUAUGUGGACGAAGGAGGGUUCGGCAAGUAUGGGUUUGAGUACUGGAGCAAUCCCAAAAAGCGUAGCGAAGGAUUUGUGACGUGGUCCGUGGACGACAAGGCCAUGUGGACAGCGACAUCGGCUUCUAUUGGCCCGAAUACUCAGGCUCAGAUAUCUGAACGCAUUGUCCCCGAGGAGCCCAUGUAUAUCAUCCUAAACUUGGGCUUGUCUCCGAGUUUUCAGGGUAUCGACUUUAAGAACCUCCAGUUCCCUGCCACUAUGCUUAUUGACUAUGUUCGAGUGUACCAACGUGCUGGGCAAGAGAAUAUCGGGUGCGACCCUCCGAAUUACCCAACUGCUGAUUAUAUCAACAACCAUAUAGUCGCCUAUACCAAUUACAACCUUACGACUUGGGGAGCUGCAAACUUUACGUUCCCACGGAAUCGUCUCUACGACGGAUGUCGAGCAAAACUCAAGGCUGCGGGGCUCAACAAAAAGGCACAGCCCAGAUCAAGGCAGGGAAAUGAAUCAUCUCUGAGUCCUUCUGAUGCAACCCAAUCUCCAGAACUUUCCACCUCGGACAGGGACUCGCCUAAUCAACUGAUGUAUGGACCUUCGCCUCCCCCCUCGAAUUCGAACUCGAUGUUAUCCAUAAAUACGUUUGGGUCAUUCGAUCAGUUGUUUUCUUUCGCUGGUCGUUCGACAGAGCCAUCCUCGCUCACACGGUCUACGCCAGACACCCAAUCAAUUGUAUCAAUUGACGCGCCUUCCCCCGCAACUUCAUAUGGCACCGGGAAUUCUGCGCCUCAUUGGACCGCCCUCCCCCCGCUCUCAAUGUUUAGUCCUAAUGCGAUGCUCCCAAAAACCGGCCCCGAAGUCACUCAGUUUGGAAGCUGGUACGUUUUCCCCCAACGUAACUCAAGCACAGGAUCCGGCGCACGGGGGGCAGAUGGCCAACUUGUCGAUUUGAACCAAGCAGAGGACCCAGAAAAUAACCAAGAGCUUCUCCAAGAAGCAUAUCUCUUGGGAGAUGAAUCAGCGGCGCAGCAAAUUGAAGCCGAUCUCCUCUCCCCGGAACGGUUGGUACUCAAUGCAGAAUGUCAGAUUAUCUAUUCAAAACGCGGUCAGCCAUUGCGUCCGGAAGACAAGUUUUAUAUUCCCCCUGGUUUAUUCGCUGGCUGUUACACGAUUCCUCACUGGCUUUUGCCCCCGCUUACUCGUCUAUCCAAAUUCGCGCAUCGCACUCUCACGGACCAUCUCGUUCGUUUUCCCUUGGUACAUCAAGCCACUUUCAAGCUUUCCGAUGCACCACAUUGGCUGGCAUUUGCUAUGUGCACGGUUGGCGGUUUAAAUCCCUCGGAAACCAAGAUGAAAGACGGCCUCGGCGAAGAUUAUUAUAUCAAGAAUUCCGGAGCACCUUGGGACGGUGUCCAGAGUAUCGUGAGAGCAGAGAAAGUGGACAUGCUUGUCAAGACAUUUGUCCGUCAUAGUGCCAAGCUACCCCUGUGCGACCAAGUCUCGAUUGUCCAGAGCUUGCUGCUAUAUAACACCCCAGCUUUCCUAUCCGAUGAUCCUUCAGAGAGGGUAAUUGGGCACUUGUUCCUGGGGACGGUUGUUAAGGUCAUUCGUAAAUCAGGAUUAUUCCACCCCACCGCAGAUUUCGCAUCACGCCUCACAGUGCCAGCGGACGCCACUUUGGACCAGAGGUGGCGCAAAUGGAUCCGACACGAGACUUGUAGACGUUGCGCUUGGUUUGUAUAUGUGCUCGAUACUAUUGCCUGUCUCGAGGCGGGCAUACCCUCUCUCGUAUCCCCGCGUGAUUUAUCACAUUUAGCCCUUCCAGCGUGUGAUUCUCUAUGGAGCGCAGGAUCAGAAGUUGAAUGGGCAGCAUAUGCCGAAGCCGGAGGACACCAGAAUGAAGGAAUUACACUAGAUAUAGCAAUGCGCUCUGUCUUCGGUUGUGAUAAUGCCGCAGAGCAGGGAAGGCCAGACGCGAUUGUAGCUCUUAGACUCGGGCCAUUUGCACGGACAGUCAUAGUAAUGACAUUGCUUCGGGGAUUGAUUGAAUUCGGCCAGGGCAAACCCAAGGGCGGAAUCGUGACUAAUAACUGGAUAAUAAAUGGGAUACUGGGUGGUCAAAUUGCCGAGGCUACCAACACCUGGGUGCUCGGGGCUUAUCUACGGGCGUUGGCCAAGUGGCGAGAAGGAUGGGAUCUUGACCCGCUCUGCACAUUGCUCACUUCCCCACAUGCUACCACAUCUGCUACGGCAGGUUCUCCGAGCCCCGGGUCCUCAAGACCAGCGACAAAGAGUCCACCCAAUGCUUCUCAGGACGGUUCAGAUAGGCAAGGCUCGGUGCCAGCAACAGCAUUCUUCGCUUCCACCGCCGAUACCUCUGCCAGCCUGAAAGAACCGGUAUUCGUCAACGAUGCUCUACCUUACUGCUGGUUAGCCCUCGUCCUCGUUGACAUGCUCAAGCCGGUAGAACCCCCUGUUGUACCCAACGCCAAUGGGACAACAUCUGGUCUGGAUGCGGCCACAGCAGCGAAUUUAGGUCAAAAUAUCGAAGGAAGCAUUCAAUCACUAAAUGCUCUAGACGGCGUCGAUUUCGGUGGACUACCGAAUUACAACGACUAUAGCAAUGCAUCUACCGGUGCACGCAUCGUAGACCUGGACGAAACCAAUGAUAAGUUUGCGGACCUUGACUUUAGGGAGAUGCUAGCCAUUGCAAAGGAGUUUGCGCGAGGGGAAAUGGGAGGCAUGAAGGCUCCCCGACCAGGGGGUCUCUAA